AAGAUCUUGGGUAAGAUAAAAAAGCCUUUGGAUUCGACCUGACCUCCAGAAGUACUUUAUUCUCUGUGUGUAAUUGGUCAUUUUCGAUCGACUGUAUUCGUCUCAGAUAAUCUUGAAAGUUUUUUUUUGCUUAUGAAUGACCAACAAAAAUCGCGGAGGGGAAUAUAAGCCGAUAUUAGAGCUAUUUAACCUAAUUCGAUUCCUGUCACCCAGCAAUCGUCAUCCAUAAAUAUUACGUUAGCGAGUGGCGGUAUCGAUGAAGUGGGUUUUCCCCUGGUUGUAUGCGACUAAAUGUUUUAAUUUUUAACCUCACUUCAAUAAGCAUCGAAGGUAAAGUUAUUUUAUAGGGGUUCUUCGAUGAAAAACUCGCGUGCCAAUAUUGUACCAAAACCAUUUUAAUUUGGGUGCAAUGAUGUGUUGUAGACUUGAGGCAAACUAAGGCGUUGCUAUUGGUUUACUGUCAUUUCUGAAACUUACUAUUACAAAAGACUUUCAAGCCCGGUGCAUGACCGGCCCUGAAAUCAAACAAGUGCUCUUUUGUCGGAGAAGAUUAAUUUUUUUUUAGCCAGUGUUUUAUUUCUAAGCAAACCUCCUGCGAGUACCGUUCUUCAAUUUCUCGAAACCCCACGAAAGUAUCCUUGCCUUAUCCUAUUGAAGGCGCCAUGUUCCGAAUUGUGCAAAUCUUGUCUUUUCUUACCCCAUCGCCUUGGAGAGUUACAAGUGUAGGAAUUAUUACUAACUCCAGACUUUCGAUCAUUUUCCGAUUAGGAGCAAUUCUCUCUUGCUUCUACAUACCUUUGUGGCGAUUAGGAGUUAUGGACGGUCUGAGCCAUCGAAUAGUCUCAUCUCCCAUUAGAUCUAUAUUCGAGUUGUAUUUUGCCGUGUUCAACCCGUUGCUUGUGAUCAUCUACACUUGGGUAUUUGGCCGUAUGAGGGAAUCAUUGAAGAACCUUAUUGUCGCUCUUGAAAGCGUGACCCCUCUUCGUCAAAUCUUGGGGGAUCAAAGCCCAUGUUUCAUUUGGAGAGUGUUUGGGGUGACUUAUGCCAGCAUUUUAAUUUGUUCGCUUGCUUUCUCUUAUUUUAUAACAAACUCAUGGCAGAAUGGUUGGGAAGAUGCCUUGAGUUCGAUUUUAUAUUUGAUCAUUCAUGUUCAAGUAUUUGGUACUCCUUCUUUUACGUUGAUCACUCUUUUGUAUAAUGUCAUUGGUAAAGUGAUUCACAAUGAGAUCUUGAGAUGCACUGAAAGCAUGGACAUGAUAAAAGAAGAUCGCAUUAGACGACUCGCAGACUCCAUUGAGCAAUUCAAUGGAACGUUUCAACUGUCCGCCUUACUUCAGAUGGCAUUUGCCUUCGUAUUUAUAACCAUGUGCCUGUACAUGAAUGUUCGAAAUAUGUUGAGUUUUUCAGAAGAAAGCUUGUUUUUCCCUUCGAUUCUGUACUUCGUUGGUUUCAUAACAUUUUCAAUAUUUGUGUUCGAAUCGUGCCACACUGGGAACCAGAUUGAAAAAAGCCUUGAAAGAGCCAAAGAGGCUACUGAAAACUACAUCCGUAUCAAUAUAGAGGUAAUGUCUGCUGAGGAUCGAACCAAAUGUGAAUACUUGAUUGUCAGACUCUCCCAAAAGGAUCUCAUCACUUGCUACGGCUAUUUUCCUCUUAAUCAUGAAACCCUUUUGUCCAUUGGAGGUGGAAUACUGACCUAUUUGAUUGUUUUUGUCAACUUCUUUCUCGCUAAAUAAA